AUGGCCUGGGGCCCGUUUAGAUUCGGAACCGACCGGUGGGAUCCGACCCAUCGGUUCGAGACUUCUUGGCUUCUGUCUCCAUGGCUGCUCUUCUGUAUCAGGGCCCUGAUUUCCCUCUACUGCUUCACGACUCUCGUCUUCGUCCUAGCAUGGCAAUGCGUCCACGACGAGACUGGCUGCACCGCCUCCCAGAACCAGUUUAGCUACUUCACCUCACUCAGCUACUGGGGACUUGCCUUCUACUUCCUCGCCGCUGCUGUCCACACGUUCACCUACGCGCGGUCGGGCGUGCCCCUCCUCGACCGCUUCCCCCGGCCUCUCCAAGCGCUCCACUCGGCCUUUUACACGACCGUGGUCGUCUACCCUUUCAUCGUGACCAUCGUCUACUGGGCGCUGCUGUACACGGGCACGUGGUUUGCCGAGACGUACGGCGGCUGGAGCAACGUCUCGCAGCACGCCCUGAACAGCGUCUUUGCGUUUUUUGAGCUCGUCUUGACCCGCACCGACCCCCCGCCGGCUAUGCACAUGCUCUGGCUCAUCCUGGUCCUCGCGCUGUACCUGGCCCUGGCGUACGUCACCGCGGCUGAUAAAGGCUUCUACACCUACAGCUUCCUUGACCCGGGGAGGCAGGGCGGGCUGGUGGCCGCCUACGUGUUCGGUAUCGCCGUCGGGUGUCUGAUCAUUUUUGGCGUGGUUUGGGGGAUUAUCUGGCUGCGAAAAUACAUUACCGAGACUAAACUGGGCAAGACUGGCAAAUUCACCGAGCCCUCGGGCCACUCGGCCGGCAGUGGCAAGGACUUGGAGAUGUCCAGGCCGCAGGAGACCCAUGUGGUUUAG